GUGGAGGGGAAUCCCUCUGAUAGGGAACACUGUUCUGGAGAUGAGUAUGGAGUAGCGGCCAUUGGUUGGGAUGAGUACGGAGUAGUGGCCAUUGGUUGGGAUGAGUACAGAGUAGUGGCCAUUGGUUGGGAUGAGUACGGAGUAGCGGCCAUUGGUUGGGAUGAGUACAGAUGGCCAUUGGUUGGGAUGAGUACGGAGUAGUGGCCAUUGGUUGGGAUGAGUACGGAGUAGUGGCCAUUGGUUGGGAUGAGUACGGAGUAGUGGCCAUUGGUUGGGAU